AUGAAUCGAACAAUGAUCAUAGCUAUUCUUUUUUUUACAAUUUUAUGUAUAGAAUUGGGUCAAGGUCUUUUAUGUUAUCAACAUGAAUAUUGCUUAGGCCGAUGUCCUACAUUGGCAUCAAAUAUUGUUCAAUGUCAACCAGGUCAAAAUAAAUGUUGGAAAUUUACUUCACCACUUGGUACAAAGCGUGGUUGUGGUGAUGAUCGUUGUAAUAUACAAAUAGAUACAGGUAGUUUGGGUACUGCUAAUGUAUGUUGUUCAAAUGAUGUUUGUAACUCGGCGAUUCAAAUGAAAACAACAACAAUAUUUAUAAUAUUCAGCAACUUCAUUGCUUUUAUUUAUGCAUGGUACAUUUAG